UAUAAAUAUUAUGUAUUGUGCAGAUAAUUAUAUAAGUUGCACAAUUAUUUAUGUUUUAAACAUAUUUGGCUUAUUUCUAGUGCUGGGAAUAUUAUUAAAAAAUAGAGAGUAUUAUUAUAAAGAAUGGAAGAGAAUAAGGUAAGUCAUUAAAGAUUAUACUAUGUAAGAAUAAAUAAUAAUAUAUUAUUAGAGAUUACAGAAGUGAUUGUAAUUUUCCAGUAUUUGCUAAAUUUAUAGGCAUAAUAGUAGGAUUUUGUAUCUUAAUUUUAACUAGUGUAGUUUCUGUAUUAAAAUUAUUUAUCUAAGAUAAUUAUGUGGGACAAUAGUUUUGGAUUUAUGGAAAUAUCAAAUAUAUUUUUAUGGGUAACAUGUGGAUUCUUAUUUUACAUUGAUUAUCGUUCUAUUUUUUAAUUUUCUAAGUAUUACUUUCCUUAUUUCAAAGAUAAUUGCGAUUUGCUUUAGCAAUUAUUUUGCUUAUUUAAUUAUCAUCAGGAAUAGUAUUUGGAAUAGAAAGAAAUUUAGAGAAAGAAAAUAGAGGAUUGGAUGAGUUAAUUGUUGAAACAUCUGUUUAUUUAUGCAAUUUUGUAAUUAUGCUUGUUAUUAAUAUAAUAAGCAUAUUCUUUCCAAAGUUUGAUUAUUAAAAAAUAAGUAAGAAUAGUGAUGAUAAUAAUUUUAUGAGUUUUAAUACACUUUAAAAUCAUUUAGUGAGUGAUGAUUCAUUAUCUUAAUAAAAUUUAAAAUAAAAUGCUAAUUCUAAUUAAAAUUAGUAGAAUCAAAGGUUAUCAUAAAGUUUGAACCCAAAAAGAAGUCAAUCAUUUUUAGAUUAAUUAAAUGAAUUAAAUUAGGAUGAUAGCUCUUAAAGUUCUUUAGGUUCUUCUAGUAUAUAAAAACUAAAAUAAGAAUAAUCAGGAUUAAUUGAUCCAACUUAUGGUUUAAAGAAAGAGGAAGAGGCUGUAUAAAAGGAAAAAGAGUAAAAAGAAUUAAUGAGUUAAAUUAUGGAUAUGCAUAAAUAAUUAGAUGAAAAGUUAAAUAGAUUAAAGUAGGAUAGUGAAAAUACUUAAUAACAAUAAAAAAUAUAAUAACCAUUAGAUAAUGAUAAAAAUAAUGAUAAUAAAGAAGAAAUUAUUAAUUAAGAAUAAUUAUCUAAGUAAUAAGAAGUAAGUAAUAAACCUAAAUAUGAAAUUUAAAACAUAAAAAUAGAAGGAUUUGAAGAAAUUAAAAAAUAAGGAAAAAGAUAUAUUUAUUUUAAAAUUUUCUAUUUUUCAUAUUCUAAAUAAAAGCAAGUCCGAACAGAACAUAAUUUAAAAGAAUUUCAUUAAUUAAGAAUGGCUUUAUAAUAGAAAUAUGUGGAUCAUUCAUUUCCAGAAAUACCUGAAAGAAAGCCAAAUGAAAGAUUGAAAGGUAAAGAGGUAGCAAAUAGAGGUGAAGCACUUGAAAAGUUCUUAUAAUUUAUAGUUAAACAUUAAAUGAUAUGUCCUGCCUUAGAUAAAUUCUUAGAAGAAACUUAGGGUCUUAUUCUAAUAGAAGAAGAAAGUAAACUAUUUUUCAAGAUUUUAGAUGAUGCUAAUAUAGAUGAAGUAUUAAAAAAUAAAACCUUUGAUGACUUUAUGGAAAACAGAAAAGCAAGUGUUGCAUCAAAAAAAAGUUAUUUAGACAAGGAUUACAACGAUGAUAGUUUUGAUCCUAAAUCUAGUAUGGCUUCACCUUCAUAUGAUUAAUCAUUAUUCUUCUAAAGAAAUAAUGAUCGACUAUCGUCAACUAUAUCACCAGGGUUGGGAUAUGGUCAUAAAUUUUUUAUUAAGGAAGUUAAAACUCUUUAAUCAAUUACUGUAUAAAACAAUAAUAAUUUAGUUUUAUAAUAUUGAAGGAUCAGUAAAUGGGCAGACAGUAUCAAAAGUUUCAAGAAGGUAUAAUGAUUUUAAAGAUUUCUAUAAAAAGGUAGCAUUUAAUUAUAUUUUUAGUUAUAAGAAAAGUAAUAUUAAAUACCUGUUUUACCUAAUGAACCAAUCUAAAAAUAAUAAGAUGUUAUUGCAUAUAGAUAAGAAGCAUUAGCUUAAUUUUUAAAUACUUUAUAUCAAAAUAAAUCAGUAAAAACGAAUAUGAUUUUUAAAGAAUUUGUAGGUAUUUGA